AUGGCCCCCUGUCCCCAGCCUGCCCCCUGCCUGCUUGGCAGCCCCCUGGGCCUCAUAUGUUUGUCCCUUUUGCUCACCCCUGCUGCAGCUGGAACCUAUUGCGAAUGCAGCCUUGGCCUUAGCCGUGAGGCCCUGAUUGCCCUGCUCGUGGUGCUGGCGGGUGUCAGUGCCACCUGCUUCUGCGCCCUGGUCAUCGUGGCAAUUGGCAUCUUGCGAGCCAAAGGUGAAACAUGCCCCGGACACAUGGACAGCAGGUUGGUGGGGCAUUUCGGGGUCCAGGAAGAUCACGUGGACCUGCACACGGUGCACGUGGAAUCCCACCUCAUGGACUCCGACCUGGAGGCCUUGACGAUGCCGCCCCUGCAGGAGCACAUGCCCAUCCCCGUGGAGGUUUCUCUCGAGGAGCCGCCGCCGCCCCCGCUGCCGCCUGAGGAGGGUGAGGGCGGCUGGGGAGGGGAUUAA